AACGUCGACCACGGAUGGCGCGCUCGUCCGCUUUUGAUCGCCCUGCGCGCGCUCGUUCGCUCGCUGCAGACACGCGAACACGACGAUCCGCGACUCGCGUCCCAACGUUUCUUUGACGCUGCAGGUCGUUUCGAAACGGCGGGCGCGGCGCGAAGAAACAAAGCGAAGCGAAGCACGGCGUGGGUAUGUCGACGGUCCAGCGCGAGGCCAGCGGGCGAGGUCGACCAAGCUCCAGCUCGUCUGCGAGGGAUGGAGAGCGGCGCAGACGAGUGAAGAUGGGCCAUUUGGCGCCCACGAACUGGCGUGGAUGGAGGCGCGCUGGCUACGCCACCCAGUGCUGUGCCUGCGCCAGCGCCAGCGCCGUCCAUCCCAAGUCAGGCUCGCCUUCGCCCGGCUUACUCAGAGAAUCGUCCCUUGCGGCCGGAGAAUUAAUCCCACGGCGACGCUCAGAAAGCGGCAGGUCUACUCGCCGCGGCCGCCCCAUCAAGACCAAAAGGAACGGCGACAAGCCAUGCCAUCUACGUGAAGAGGCGGGCGCGCUGCUUUGGGGCGCGUCGAAACAGCCGUCAUCUCAGAUGGCCAUGCGGAUGGGGGAGCUGGCCCGCCUGGCGAGGCGGCCCCUGCUGCUCUCUGACACGCUGGCUGGCUGCGGGCGCCGCGAUUCGCUGCGCUCUGCAAACGCAGCGCGGGCUGGGCUCGCCGUGGGCGUUUGCACUGCAGCGAAGCCGGGGACGGCCGGGCCAUGGCGGCCUGUUCCCUGCGCCUGCCCACGAGCCGUCCUGCCAAUCUCUGCACCCAGAAGGCGCGGCCGGCUUAGCCUACCACAGCAGCGCGCACCACGAUGCAGGGCUCCUGCCCAAGCUGCUGGUUUUUCAACAACGCCCUCCCUGCUCGCCUCGUUCGCUCGACAGAGUCGCGCUCCUCACUCACCCUCCCUUCCCUUCGCCUUGCUUCGUUGCUCUUGCGUGCCCUACGGCAGACUUCACUCCCUCUCGCGACCCGGUGUACGCUCCUUUUGACGCUGGACCUCACGCUCUUUGACAGACCCUUGCUUCUCCCCAAACUCACAAACAUUCACCCUUCACGUGCUGCGAGCCAGCAUCCCGAGGACCACACCCAAAACCCCGAAAUCCAUCACAUAUCGACUUGCGUUUUCUGACUUGCGACUGCACGACCUCGGACUGCACCGUCAGGCCAGCUCUGCGCCACUGCCGCCGCGACCUGCAACUGCCCGUACCACAGGCCCAGUCCGCCUCCAUCACCGGGUUGCACCAACAGCGCACACGCGCUCCGCUGGAAACCACCAGGCAAUUGUCACCAGCCCUUCUCACACGCCUCGCACAGCGCUGCAACACUCGAGAGUGCCACCAAGUCAGCUGUCUUGCUGCAUCACGCCAACGCCCUGCUC